AUGAGCAUCGAGGAAAGUAAAGCAAUUAAGUCGUGCAAGGCUCAACAGCCGCCGUGUUGCUUGCGAAUAUUUGAUGAUCGCUAUAUUAUCCUAGGGACGUAUGAUCUAGACAAACCUACUGGAAUACGCACUGGUUCCGUAGAGGUUUAUGACAAUGAGUUACAAUUACUUAAAACAUACAAGACUUAUGGUGCCAUUCUGGACUUAAAAUUGAGUCCCUUCGAUCCAACAUUGAUGGCAACUGCACAUUCUACAGGUAACAUUACCCUUUGGCGUAUAAGACCAUCGCCAGACGAUGCAGCUAUUACUUUGGACGAGAUCAGUAAUUUGCAGGUGUUUGAAUCUGACAAUCUUAUAACGUCUCUCCACUUUUCACCGCUACGCCCUGAAAUCGUAGUUGUUACGACGACAUCUGGUGAGGUCAAAGCCGUAGAACUAGCAUAUGAAACAGAAGUUUUUUCCUCUGAGCACAUCUCAGCACAUUACGCUAAUGUGGAACGCCAGUCUUGCGAAGUCCAAGGUCAAGUUGUUUCUUACUGCAAAUCUAAAGGCACAGAUUUUCUUCAAGAGCAUUCACUGGAGAGCUGGACUGCAGAAUUUGGAACACUGUCACCUUUUGAAAAUGUUCUGUUUUCAGGGGGGGAUGAUUCUACAAUAAUUGCACAUGAUCUUCGAACUGGUAACUCAGUUUGGUCGAACUCAAGAAUCCACGAAGCAGGCUUGGUCGCAAUAAAAUGUAGCACGCCAACUUUCAGAUCUCACAUGCCUACAAGCAUCAUAACAGGCUCCUACGAUGACAAGAUAAGAUCACUUGAACUAAGAAUGAUGGGCACAUCGAUCUACCCUGGCAUUAACGUUCCUGUACUAAACUCAGCUGACUGCAACCUCGGAGGUGGCGUUUGGCGCUUCGUGGAAUCACCCAAAAAUAGUUCCUCUCCUUCUCACAACGACCUCCUAGUGUGUUGUAUGUAUAACGGUUCGAAGAUUCUCAGCGUUUCUGGCGAUCAAUUCAAAACCACACAUUUCAUCAAGAACGGUCACGAUUCUAUGUGUUACGGUGGAGAUUGGGGCAGGAAUUUUAUUGGAACGUGCUCCUUUUAUGAUAAAACUGUUCAAUUAUGGACAGAAAAUCCUUAA